AUGACUUACAAUUCUCCUUCGACUCGUGCAGUCAAAGUAUACUGGAAAACAGCAUGCGGGGAUCAGGCCUUGAUCAAGUACUUCCCUGCAGACUGCAUCCAAGCAUCUAACGCAGGACGUAAUGGCCAUACGCCAGUAGGGAUACGCUUGACUAGCACAUAA